UGUAUAGUGGUAGUCCACGAGACAGGUGGAUUCCAUUCUUGGUCCGAACGAGCAUCGCGUUAGCUGGUGUGGUUUUUAGUGUGCGCGCCAACCCUUUAACUAGUUCAGUGUGACGGAACGGCUCUCCUAGAGCAGGAUUACCUUUCGAGGGGCUGUCGCGCCGACAACAGAAUAACCUGCUCCUGGAGAAGAUCGUAGGGAAAUGCGGUUGCACAUUAUCGUCGCUGUCGGCCUUUUAUGUCAAGGGCUGGCCGUCCUCGGUGAAGAAGUCGAAGUCGUCGAGGCCGUCCCCGGCUCCGAAGAAACCAAAGAGCACAGCAACGAAGACAACGACACGAAUCCGGACCAGUUAGCUCUAGAGUCGCUAGGGGACCAAGAACAGCCGCCGAAAAAACUCGCCUACAAUGUACCUCCAAGACCGCCCAUCAAUCUCCCACCGCGGAACAACCAGCACUACCCCCACAAACCCUUCCAGAAGAACAAGCCGCCCAUUUACGCCGAGAACAAGAACUCGUACAGCGGCCCACCGCCGCCCCCACCCAAACAAGCGAUGGACAAGUACGGAACAGCGGGCGACAUCUGGCCGGCGCCGGUACCAGACAUGCCCAAAAUCAUCUCCUUGGACGUCAAGUGCGAGAAAAACCUGAUGAAAGUGUACCUAGGCUUCGACAAACCCUUCUACGGGAUCGUCUUCAGUAAGGGUCACUACAGUAACGUGCACUGCGUGCAUCUUCCGGCAGGCCUAGGGCGCACCUCCGCGCACUUCGAAAUCGGCAUCCACGCUUGCGGUACCUCAGGGAAUACCGAAAACGGGCUCUACGGAUACGGCGCCGAGUCAGGCUCAGGUACCUACUUUGAAAACAUCAUCGUCAUCCAGUACGACCCUCAGGUACAAGAAGUGUGGGACCAAGCUAGGAAACUUCGGUGUACGUGGCACGACCAGUACGAAAAAUCGGUGACCUUCAGGCCUUUCCCCGUUGAUAUGCUAGACGUGGUGCGGACUGACUUCGCCGGAGACAACGUCGGCUGCUGGAUGCAAAUCCAAGUGGGUAAAGGACCGUGGGCUAGUGAAGUCUCGGGUCUCGUCAAAAUCGGGCAGACCAUGACCAUGGUCCUCGCCAUCAAAGACGACGAUAGCAAAUUCGACAUGUUGGUCCGUAAUUGCAUGGCCCAUGAUGGUAAACGCGCCCCUAUCCAACUCGUCGACCAGAAAGGUUGCGUCACGCGGCCCAAACUCAUGUCCCGCUUCACCAAAAUCAAGAAUUUCGGGGCGAGCGCGUCCGUGUUGUCCUACGCCCACUUCCAAGCUUUCAAGUUCCCGGAUAGCAUGGAGGUUCAUUUCCAGUGUACCAUCCAGAUUUGUCGCUACCAGUGUCCGGAUCAGUGCGCCGAGUCCGACCAUUUGGGCUUGAACGGGAUACUCGAGUUGGCGCAUAGCGCCCCCGAGGCGGCUUACGGACCGCCGCCGCCGCCGCCUCUCCCCAUUGAAGCUUACUUGCACGGUGGGCGACCCAGGGACGAGCGGCGCGUCCGGAGGUCGGUCAAGAGCGACCCAGAAAAGGAAGUCGGAUUGAACAGAGUCAUCAGGGUGGUCUCGACCGGGGAUUUGACCUUCUCGCUCGACGAUAACGCCAAUACCACGACCAUGGUGUUCCCGGCCAAGGAAGAACUGGCCAGUCCGGGCUUGAUUUGUAUGACGACGCCCGGCUUCGCGGCCACUCUUGUGGUUCUGCUGGGCAUUUUGAUUAUUUCCUGUUUGAUGUCGGCGUUUCUGUGCGUCCGACUGCGGCCUUUAGCUGGCAACAAAGUGGGACACGCGACUUCCGACAAAAGUAAACAGACGACGUCUAGAAGCUGUUUUUAUUCGUAACUCGAAGGCUCAAUUAGUUUAGGGGCUACAUGCAUGGUCAUUGGAUGUGCGAAGCUUCGUUAAUCGAUGAGGCGAACGGUACUGGAUUAAUGAAGCUUUGCGACUUAGCUUUGUUUUGUUUUUGUUUCAAACGUGAUCAGGCAUUGUAUCCGACGAAGACGCGCUAGUUUUAAGGUUACCUCCAAAUUUUUCAAGUUGGAUUUGUUGGAAUUUACAAAAUCUUGUAUUUUGCGGCGACUGUAUAGAUAUCUCGAGUUUGUAAAUACAAUAGUUUGACUUUCUGCGGAACGGUCGUGGUCGGUUUUGGUUCUAGACUUAACAAAUUUAGGUUUAGCUUAUUCUAGUUAUUUAUUUCUUUAAGUUAUUUAUUUAUUUAUUUUCUUUUGAAAAGACAUCCAUUACAGUAUGUACCUGUAUAAUUCUAUUGUGCGUACUCAAAUCUUCAUUGGUUCAUUGUAUCGCAAAAGACGCUGUAUGAUAUUAUUUAUUAAAAAUAAAAACGACUAUUUUUUUUUA